AUGAGCGACGUCGACCGCGAGCUCAUGAGAGCGGAGGAGGACGCCAAGUCGGCCGAUCGCCCCCGAAGAUCGACACAACACCAACGCCGCCAUCACCGCGACAGUAAUGAGGUCGAACGGGUCAUCUCGGCCUCGUCCGUCUCGACGUCGUCUAGUGAUGGUGCCGCCCGGCGAGCUAACGGGAUGAGUCGCGUCUCGACUCAACGAGACCUCGAACGUCAUCCUACCGAAUUAAGCCGUAUACAUACAAUACGGAGCCAACACAGCGCCACCGUCGGACGGAGCCUCAGGAGCCGCGAGUCCAGGAAACCGCUGCCGGCGUUCGGUGGCGGCAAACCGCUUCCGCCUCCACUACCCGAUCAGGAGGAUUAUGUGGUUGAGUUCGAGGGGCCAGACGACCCCUAUCAUGCCCAGAACUGGACGACCAAGAAGAAGUUGCUGACUAGUGCUAUGCUUGGUUACACGACUAUGACCUCGGCUUUCACAUCGAGUAUCUUCUCGGCAGCGACGACGUCAGUCGCCGCAGAAUUUAACGUCAGUGCUGAAGUUGGUAUACUCGGCGUGUCGCUCUACGUUUUGGGUUUCGCGACUGGUCCGACGUUGUGGGCUCCGCUGUCUGAGCUGAAAGGCCGACGUCUGCCUAUUGUGCUGUCCAUGUUCGGUUUCUCUGUCUUCUGCAUCGCUUGCGCUACAGCCAAAGAUUUGCAGACACUGCUGAUCUGCCGAUUCUUCGCCGGUUUCUUUGGCGCGUGUCCUCUCGCCGUCGUUGCCGCUGUCUUCUCCGACAUGUUUAACAAUGCGACUCGUGGUGUGGCGAUAACAUUGUUUUCCAUGGCCGUCUUCACUGGACCGCUACUGGCGCCUUUCAUCGGGGGUUUCAUAGUCGACUCCUACCUUGGUUGGCGCUGGACCAUGUACCUCGCGUCCAUCAUGGGCUGGUUUGCGUUUGGCCUCGAUCUGCUCUUCCUCACCGAAACAUACCCUCCAGUUAUUCUGAUCGAGAAGGCAUCCGAGCUGCGUCGUCGCACCAAGAACUGGGGAAUCCACGCCAAGCAGGAAGAGAUCGAGGUUGACUUCAAGGAACUCCUUCAGAAGAACUUUACUCGUCCCAUGCGCCUCCUGUUCUUCGAGCCCAUCGUCACCCUUAUUUCCGUCUACAUGGCUUUCAUCUAUGGUCUACUCUACCUUUUCUUGACCGCGUACCCCUUCGUCUUCGAGGGAGUCCACGGCUUCAACAAGGGCCAAUCUGGGUUGUGUUUUUUCGGCAUGAUCAUUGGUCAACUCUUUGCAGGUAUUACGGUGCUUCUCAUGCAACCCGCGUACCAGCGCAAGCUGGCUGCCAACAAUGGCGUGCCGGUACCAGAAUGGCGUCUCCCCGAGGUCAUUGCGGGUGGAGUCUCUUUCACUGCUGGUAUCUUCUGGUUCGGCUGGUCAGGUUACCGAGCGGACAUUCACUGGAUUGUACCAGCUGCUUCCGGUAUCCUGACUGGCUUUGGUUUGAUGGCCAUCUUCCUGCAGUCUUUGAACUACCUUGUCGACGCGUACCUUAUGUUCGCCGCGUCGGCCAUAGCUGGCAACACAUUCUUGCGUUCUCUCUGCGGUGCUGGAUUCCCGCUAUUCUCCACCUACAUGUUCAACGGACUAGGCAUUCAGUAUGCUUCCACCCUUCUUGGCGGUGUUGCUGCCAUACUCGCGCCGAUCCCCGUCAUCUUCUACCUAUACGGUGCCAGAAUCAGAGCCAAGAGUGCUUUCGCUCCAACGGACGCUCCGGGCGCUGCAGCGGCUGCCUCUAGUAAUGACACAGCCGUUGAGACUGACAAGGAUGGCGAAGACCAUGCCGCUGCCUCAAACGCGCCGCGGACCCAUGGGGACGGGGAGAAGGCAUAG